CCUUGUGUCAAAACAGUGAGGGAAAUCAGCAGCAGGCAGCGCAACAUCUCACCCGACUUCAGCUUUAGCUCUUUUUUUUCGGAAAUUAUUUGUUGACACAAAGUGUUUUUCUUUUACGUCCGCGUACCAUGACCGAACAAUCAGCAUUACUUCUUCGAAAACAACUGGCAGAGCUCAACAAGAACCCUGUGGAGGGCUUUUCAGCUGGUCUGAUAGACGAUGAUGACAUAUAUAAAUGGGAGGUUGUGAUCAUUGGUCCACAAGAUACCCUUUUCGAAGGAGGGUUUUUCAAAGCAUACCUAACCUUUCCCUAUGAUUAUCCACUACGGCCUCCAAAGAUGAAGUUCAUCACUGAAAUUUGGCACCCAAAUGUUGCUAAGAACGGGGACGUUUGCAUCUCAAUUCUGCAUGAGCCAGGAGAAGAUAAGUUUGGUUAUGAAAAGCCUGAGGAGCGCUGGCUUCCAAUCCACACAGUAGAGACAAUCAUGAUUAGUGUUAUCUCCAUGCUGGCAGAUCCCAACAGCGACUCACCAGCUAAUGUGGAUGCUGCGAAAGAGUGGAGGGAGGACCCUAACGGUGAAUUCAAGAGAAAGGUGGCUCGCUGUGUAAGAAAAAGUCAAGAGAUGGCAUUUGAUUAGGAGUCAAUUGUAAAUUCCAGGUUAAAGGAAAUGCCUUCAGAGGGAAAAUUUCAGCAAAAGGCUUUUGCACCCCUUGUUUUGCCAGUCAAAGGAAUUGGUUGUCUUCAACCACGUUUCUGUGAACGGUUGUCAUUUUCCGCAAGAUGAGCCAAUUUGAGAACCCUACCAGCGAAAUUAUCCUGUUUCCUACCUGGAAUUGUAUAUUUAAUGUUAUUUAUUUUGAAAAAUUAAUGAUGUAAGAUAUGUCACUACUGUAAAUUAACUUGCUUUUUUAUCUGCUGCUGAACAGUUUCUACUUUAUACCAGGUUUCUUAUGCAAUUUAGUGGUCAAGAUUGUGUAAAACAAAACAAAAACCCGUUACCAUUAGGUCAUCACUUGUCCUCCCUACUGAAUACUUAACCACCAGAUUAAUGUCGGCCCAACAAAUCUCUGUCAAUAGAUGUGAUUAUUUUCAACACUGUCAUUGAAUCACCGUUGCCUUUUGUUGGCUUCACCUCCUCACAGUGUGCUUGUUGUUUAGAGGGUCGGUUGAGAACUUUUAGAGGAACUGAUAAGGAGUUUCAUACAGUCUAUUUUUCUGAGAAACGGCCUCCUGUUAGCAUUUUCUUCUUAUACUAGUGUAUGUCUAAGAAUUAUAUAAAACCAUGACUCUCAAACCUGCAUGAUCUCCUUAAACAGCUCCGUUAUGUAUUGUUGCUAGCUGUAGAUGUAAAUGGAAUGGCUUACUCAGUGAUUUGAGAGUCACUGUUUUAUAAUAUGUUGACUCACACAAGCAUAGCUAAUGGUAAUGGAAGGUUUGUGCCAACUUCUCAGGAUCAAAAUUCAUUAGGGUCAUGAUUGGCAAUCUGUUAAUGUUUCUGACCCUUUAACACGUGGCCCUCUCGGUCAGUGAAGAUCAACCGUUAUUAUAAAUCAUGGACAACCAAACCACAGUCUGUGAAAAUAACCUAAGCUGUGACUAUUCUGCGUGUGUUCUGGUUAACUGGCAUCUGAGCUUACUUCAAUUUGAAAGGAAUAAAUUGGACAAGGGUUUAUGGUUGUUAGAGUUGUUGAUCUAUUAACAUGGGUUAUUGUAGGGGCUCCAUAGUAGUUAGGAUAGUCGUUCUUACUCCGUUUGUUGUGGCUUUCGAUCAGUGUGGGUAAAUGAUGAUGUGUAAGUCACAUUCACUCGUGGUUUAGACUCUGAGGACUUUGGGGAGAUUGUUGAGUAAUGCUCUUAUAUUCUAUCAACAUCUUGAGUUGUGAUUGGUGCAUACUUAGAUAAUAUUUAUCACCUUUACUUAAUCACUGAAUUUGGGUUGUAAUUCUUGAUAGAGACUUGAAGUUAACGCACCACUUAGAAAAGUGUUAGUGUUCUGUGGGGAAACGAACACAAUCCUGCAUCUAGGUUUUAUUUUUGAAGGAUAUACACAGUUUGGGUGGAGUCUGGAAACCAUUGGCUUUUGCUCACUUUAAUUGAUGGUGUUGCUGACUAUUAAAGCCAUGAUGACAUCGAUUUUGAAUUAUGUUAUACAUGAUUGAUCUGUGACUGACAUUGAAAAAUAGCUAACCAUCUUUUGGCGCAUGCAAUCAGGUUUGAAGGAGUGGGGUAUGUUUAAAUAUGAUACCAUUGUUAGUACAUUCUGGGUGAAUGUGAUGUGUACAGUUAGUAGAUUUCUGUAGACUUGAUGAUCACAUAACUGCUGUUGACAUUACCUUUUUAAGUCAGAAUUUUCUAACCUACCAUGACCUCCUCUGACCGGUGUUCACUGUAUUUGCACAGAUUCGGUGCGUUUGAAAUGUCAUUAAGCAAUACGCCCUGAAAAUGGUGUGUCCAGGUAAUCCGCCCUAACGCCAUUAUUUGUUUUGGGUUGUUUUUCUUUCCAUUUUGUGUCAAUGCAAUGUAUAUUGGACAUGAUGCUCAAUAAAGUGUGUAAACAGA